AUGACUUUAACUUCGAUUUUGAAUGUUGCUCUGAUCGAUCAUGAUUCAAACUUGUUACAGAACUUAAAUUCAAACAAAGGACAUACUCAAGCUUUGCUUGAAGAAUCUAUUAAACAGAAUGAGUAUAUUAUUUCUCCAUAUCAGAUAAAUCGCAUUAAUUUCAGAAGAUAUUUAAAUGAAAGUAUUGCGGAAACUGCAAAGAAUAUUUUUGGUAUUCCUCAGACUGAAUAUGAUCGUGAUUAUGCCAUCGAAACAAACUUUCAAACGUCAAAUUAUCCAAUAACGGAUCCGACGAUUCUAGAGAAUGCUCUGACAACAAAUCCAGAGUUAUUAUUUUAUGCAUCUUUGAGUUUCGCACUAACAACUCACCAAGAACCGAAAAUAGGACAAAAAAAAAACAUUGAUUUAUUAGGCAUUCUUAGUGCUCUUGGUGGCACUAUGAGCAGUUUGGCCGGUGUUGGUAUCUUUCUUUUUGGAAUUGAUCGAGUAAAACCAUGGGGAUUCUGCCAAAGAAUCUUUAUAGUCAGAGAUCCAAUUCAAAAAAAACUAUAUAAAACACUUGGCGGCCCAAAACUACCGCUUGUCGGUGUCAGUGACGAAAAAACAAAAGAGCUUCAAAACAGUGACGAAAACAGUGACGAAAAAGCAAGUUUGAAAGAUCUUCAAAAGCAGCUAAAUAAUUUAGAAUUAUUAUUGUGUGAAUACAUUAUUGAUCAUUCGUAUCUUGACGAAACUCAAAAAAACGUAGAUAAAAAAAUUAAAGCUAAACCUUUGUAUCUAGAAAGUAAUGUUUGA